CAUUCAUAAAAAUAGGAAAUCUUUACAGUGAGUCAUUGGUCUAGUCGUCACUGCAAAACAUUUUCUUCGACUGUGGAUUCACAGAAUACCAACGUUGUAAACACGAACGAUACGUCGGCGCGCGUUCCAUGGAUGUCUCAAUGACGGAAUGGAGCGGGUAGAAAAAGAUUCAACAAUGACGAAAAUGGUAGGAAAAUACUCCCACGAAAAGAAUGAGAAUUUGGACGAAUAUUUUAAAGCCGUCGGGGUUCCUUAUAUACCCAGAAAGAUGAUGUGCUCUACAAGCCCAUCAUUGGAAAUUGCUACAUCUGAAGAUGGGGAAUGGACCAUAUCUACCAGUACCAUGUUGAGAACAAACGUCUCAAAGUUUAAACUGGGCGAAGAUUAUGAAGAAAGUAUGCCUGGAGGCAUUAUUAAGAAUAAUACAGUGAUUGAAGAUGAUAAAAUUGUAACAAGCUCAAUUGGACCUAAUGGAGAAAAAAUGAUGAGAAUAUAUGAAUUUACUGACACUCAUUGUAUUCUUACAAUGAAACAUGAAAAGAGUGGAACUGAAGCUAAACGAUACUUCAAGAGAAAUUAAAUCACGUUUCUGUCUGUCCACGUAUUUUAUAUUAUUAAUCAAUAUAAUGUGUAAUGUAUCUGAUCUAAAGGAUUUUAUGGAAAAUAAAUAUCAGCAAGUAACA